AUCUUAACUCUUCUAAGUUCUAACAGUACAGUGUGUCACUCGCACACUGGUCCACCAUAGCGCGUAUCUCUCUUUUCCUUUUCCUACCUGGCAUCGUAAAUGCGCUCCCACCUCUGACCUUCCACUCUCUCUCCUCAAAAAAUAACACACACAUAACCCAAAAAAAAAAAAGAACAAUUACAAGAACUUGUUCUCUGGAUUUUCUGGCCGAUAAUCUCACUCCUCUCUUCUGUAAUCAGUCAUUGAAUUGCUAACAGUGAUCCAAAAUUGGCGAAUUAUAGAUAUUGUGAAUUCCCAAUUACUGUUGAAAUUUGAAGCCAAUUGCAUCGGAAGAGUGCUAAAUUAGGGCAAAAUUGAACACCAAACUAUGUGAUUUGAAGUGGAAAUUAGGUUUUUUUUCAAAUAAUUAAUGGCGUCAUUUCGACGAACUCUCUCACCUGCGCAUCAAGAUCGAUCGUAUCAGAAUGGAUCAACUUCAAGUCCAUUCUCUCUCAAUUCAUCGUCUCAUAAACCGUCGAAUUCGAGCUUUUUCGUCGAACUCCGGCGAUUUUUCGUCGGAAUAUUUCUUCCGCGGAAUUCCCGGCGAAUUCAACAGCAUUCAUGGAAGCGGCAUUUCUAUCGUUGCUUGUUUUGCUUCUGCAUCGGAAUUUUGUUAGGUAUUUUACCGUUUAAUCACAUUAUUGAAGAAGAAGAUGUUAUAACUCACGAUUUUAGUUUCGAGAUCAAACCUCAAGUUGCGAAUCUCAAGGCGGAAGUAACUAGAGAUGAAGAUACCGUCGCAAAAUCCAACGAUGUUGAAGUUAAGCUUGAUGAUGUUGUUUUAGCAGAGAAUUUUGAUUAUCAAUCUAGGAAAUUAUUGAUUAUUGUUACACCAACGUAUAAUAGAGUACUUCAAGCUUACUAUUUGAAUAGAUUGAGUCAAGUUCUGAAGCUUGUAAAUCCGCCAGUUAUGUGGAUUGUGGUAGAAAUGAAUUCACAGUCACCGGAAACCGCCGCGAUUUUGAGGAACACAGGAGUGAUGUAUCGCCAUUUGGUUUGCCAUAAGAACUUGACCAAUAUUAAAGAUAGAGGUGUUGAGCAGAGGAAUGCGGCUCUUGAGCAUAUUGAGCUUCAUAAACUUGAUGGCAUUGUUUACUUUGCUGAUGAUGAUAAUAUCUAUUCUUUAGAACUCUUUGAAAAAAUCAGAGAUAUCAGCCGUUUUGGCAUAUGGCCUGUUGCAAUGCUGGCACAAAGCAAAAAUAAGGCCAUACUGGAAGGUCCAGUAUGCAACGGAAGUGAAGUGAUUGGAUGGCACACAAAUGAGAAAAGCAAGAGACUCCGAAGAUUUCAUGUUGAUAUGUCUGGAUUUGCAUUUAAUAGCACUAUCUUGUGGGAUCCAAAGAGGUGGAACCGUCCCUUUUUGAAUCCAAUACGGCAGUUGAGCACGGUAAAGGAGGGUUUUCAGGAGACAACAUUUAUUGAGCAAUUGGUUGCAGAAGAAAGUCAAAUGGAAGGUAUGCCUGAUGGCUGUGGGAAAAUUAUGAACUGGCAUCUCCAUUUGGAUGCUCGUGGGGUUGCAUAUCCAGGAGGGUGGUUUCUUCAAAGAAACCUAGAUGCUAUUAUGUCCAUCGAUUAAGGAGAACAUCAUCUUUGAUCUUCAAUUAAGAUUUUCUUAUUCUACAGUCCCAAUGGUACUUGCUCUGGAGCUUCAGCGGGCUGCCUCAUUGACUUUGCUUGUUCAGCGUUGGUGCUCAUUGACAUUCACAUACUCUCUCGCUCUACAUUGAGCUUCAGCAGCAUAUACAUUGAGCUUCGGACAAAGCAUCAAUAUUCAUUCACAUUCACAUACUCUCCCGGCAGUCGGGCUACUCUUUUGCUUUCUGGAAGGGGGAGUUUGUUUAGCUGUAGAAAUUUAAUUAUAAUUUUUUGGAAUUUAGGAAGAGGUUUGCUAUGCAUUGUGAAUCGAACAGAAUAUAGAGUGACCUGUAAAUUUGUGCCUUUAAAAGUUUUGCCCCAGUAGUGAUGAGUUUUCCCUACAAGUAUGAAAUGAAGAAUUAUGUUUUAUGA